AUAGCAACAAUAAAAUAAAAUUAAAAAAUUAAUUGCGGCGGCGCCAUUUUUACACCUUCACUCUCUACUCUAAACCCUAACGUCACUCUCCUUCAACACUUCGAUUCAGACGACAAACCCUAAUUUCUGUUAAUUUUUUGGUAUUCUUUAGUUCUGAGAGUUGAUUUUAAUGGAGGAGAAUCAGAAGCAGCAGCAAUUUUUGGUUUCAUCUGUAUCGGAGCUUACAAGUUCUUCAUCUUCGUUGUUUUCCAAAACCGAACCGGUUUUUGCUCGGUUUAGCUUAGAUUCCGGUUUGCCGGAGCUCCGAUUUGGUCAGGGUGCAGAGCUGAGUGAUGCCGUGGUGUUCAAUGUUAAGAUUUCUCAGUUAUUCAAGCUAGGUCCUGUUGAAUCCUUAUGCAUAUCUGAAGCCAAUAAAGAGAAAUCACAUUCAAGGGGAAUCUCCAUUCAAUUUAGAAACGAGGAGGAAAGUAGGGCCUUCCAUUGUGCAUUUGAGCAAUGGAAGAAGGAAGUGGUUGUUCAAGAAUGUUCUUUGAACAAUGGAGCAGUAUCAACUUCAAAAAGCAAAUUUGAUGACAAAAUUGAGGCAUCUUCUGCCAAAAUGUACUUUCACUACUAUGGACAGCUAUUGCAUCAGCAGAAUAUGUUGCAGGAUUUCGUAAGGACAGGUAUUCUGAACUUCGAUAUCAUGGAAUUUCCUCAUAGAGGUUCAUAGUGUGUCCUGAGAUGUGCUGUCCUACGUUGCGCGGACUCUUCAUUUUUCCAGCCGAACCCGUCUCGACGCGACUCUGGUGCGGGUGCGGGUGCAGGGUGCGUGUCGGAUUCGGUCAGUCUGGUCCGGAUACUUUGACCGAGCCGAGAGAAAAAAAGGAGAAGAAGACAUCGAUUUCAUGGCCGGGGAAAGUUGACGACUUUUCUCCGAUGAAGUUUGUAUGGAAAAGAACAGUGAAGAGGCAAAGCUUACAAAUAGAGAAAGAGAGCAGACAACUUUUUUGUACCUGAACAUAGAGGAGGCGAAGCUCCAUGGACAAAACAAAGAGUUUUAAAAGUCUUUUUCAUGAAAAAUAAGAGAGAACUUUUUUUCUUGAAAAGGAACAUACCAUGCUAAAGAUUUCUUGGGAGAAGAAAAGGCUUUUUUGGAAGAAGAAAGGACAACACACAACACACAGUAUCUUAAUGAAUUGUA